AUGUAUGCUAUAAUUAAAAGUAUUGAAGAAAUGGGGAGAAUAUUCCUUAUGGAUGAAUGUUUAUUAUACACAAAUAUAAAGAUAAGUAGAACUCCUGUUAUGUGGAAUGGGAUAUUUACUUAUUGUAUAAAUAAAGGAUAUUCUCCAUUUAAGAGUGGAUUGAUCUCAGGAUAUUUUAUUGGUGAUAAUCCUUGUAUAGCACGGAGUGUACGUGGUGGUAUUUCUGGUGUUAGUGUUGGUAUAACUAAUAAACUCAGUCAGUAUAUAAUUAAUCGUAUACAGAAGUGAAAUAUUUAUGAAGUUGGUUAUAUCUGGUUAUAUA